AUCAGAUUCUGUUCACACUGAGUGUUGAGUAAAAAAUGAUGAUGAUGAGGAUGAUGACGAAGAUGUCCCUGUGGCUCCUGCUGCUUGGCCUCGCUGUGACGUCUGCUGCUGCCGCCGGACCAGGCAGCUGCGUGGCUCGCUGCGGGGAGGUUUUCGCCAGAGGUCAGCAGUGCACCUGUGACUUCAGGUGUCUGCAGUAUAAUGAGUGCUGCCCAGACUUUGAGACGACCUGCACCACUGCUCAGUCCUGUCUGGGUCGCUGCGGCGAGCCGUUCAGACGUGGUCAGCUGUGCGAGUGUGACCCCCAGUGCAUCCACCACAACACCUGUUGCCCUGACUACCAGCUACACUGCGAUGCCGGUGUGUCGGCCUCACACCCCGACGCUCUGCUGCCUCUGAGAGCUGCUGCUGCUGCAGCUGCUCCUGCUGCUCCUGCAGGUAAUCAAAAAUCAAAGAGCAAGAAGAAGGCCAACAGUGAGAGCGAGGAGAAGCUCACAGCCGCUCCGGUCGUCUCCAAGUCCAGACCCAGCACCCUGCAGGACGUGGCCUCGGUGGUGGACGCAGGCUCUGAGGGACCAGGAGCAGGUAGCAGAAGAGGUGUCGGUCUGCUGCCGCUGUCCAUCCCCGGGUCUCCACACGCCCCGGCACCUGCAGAUACUCUGCCCAGCUACGGUGCUCCAUCUCAGGGCGCCGGGGCUCCAGUGAGCCCCUAUGGUCGUGGAGCUGUUGGCGUUGGAGUGAACGGCCAGCUGGUGCUGUCACCUGAGGGAGGGACUCCAUACGGGUCAAGUCAAGUUCCAACAGGUGCCAGGUUACAGACGCAGCAGGACAUAGCCCAAGCCUUGGGGCUCUCCCCUGAUGGACCAGAGGCCGGAAUAUUUAUUGACGUGGGAUUAUGCAGUGAUUCUCCCAUCAAUGGACUGACAGCUUUCAGCAAUGGGACCAUCCUGAUAUUUAAAGGUGAGCUGUUCUGGUCAGUGGACCCUGUCAGUCAUGAAGCCGGUCUUCCUCAGAGCAUCACAGACACUCUGGGCGUCUCGUCUCCCAUCGACACCGUCUUCACCCGCUGGAGCUGCAACACCAACGCAAACACAAACCCAAACACCUACAUCAUCAAGGGAGACCAGUUCUGGAGUCUGGAUGGGAACAUGGUUGUGGAACCAGGUUAUCCGAAGCCUCUGGCCUCUGAAUUCCCCGGUCUGACAGGAACCAUCAGAGCCGCUCUGGUUGUCCCAGCAACCAAGAACCGGCCGGAGACUGUCCACUUCUUUAAGGACGGAGACGUCAUGCAGAGCUUCACCUACCCACCAUGCACCACAAAACCCAGGAGCUCCUUGAAGAGACGCUUGACUCGUCAGGCUGGUCUCCUAGGUGGAGAGAUCAACAUCAAAGUGUCUCUGAAGGGAUUCCCCAGCCCCGUCACAUCUGCCCUGACCAUGCCCAACCCCCAGAAGAGCGACAGAUUCUUCCACUACCUCUUCUCCGGACCGCUCUUCUUCAGAGUCCAGAUUGUAAGUGGGUUGCCGGCGAUGGCCAAACCUGACCCCUCUGCCCCCCUGGCCCCUCUGGCCCCGCUGCCCAUCCUCGGCCCCGCCGCAGCCAACUUUGCCAACAUGGCCCCCCACAGUGUUAACCGCGCCGCCCCGGCCAACUCCAUCAAAGUCUGGCUGGGCUGUCCCUAAAAAAACAUCCCGAGGAGGAGGCGACGCUGUUCCGGUGUUUUCUGCUUCUAGUCUCUAAUCCAUCUUUAAUGGUGCGGCUCCUUCUGGCACCAAGACCUCAAUAAUAUGUGGUAACUUAGUGAGGUCUCGUCUUCCAGGUCUGUGGACAGAAUGACUGGAGCUGUGAUCGAUCAUUCUUUUCAUUACCGAUUUUCUCUGUCAAAUAUUCCCAUCACAGUGUCUCAAAGUUCAGUCUAGAAAUGAUUCAACUUUAUUAUUAAAACAUGUUUAUUAACAGCAACACAUGAAGAAACUAACAUUACAAAACCAGGGCUGCUCUCAUGAGAAGCAGUUAGAAAACAACUAAAACCUCACUGACCUAUCAGAGAAAUGACACACACACACACACACACACACACACACACACUCACACACACACACACACACACACACACACACACACACACACAA